AUGGGUCAAGAAUGGAUUAUAUACAGUUUUGUAGCUCGAGGAACGGUCAUAUUGGCCGAGCACAACACCAAACCCAGCAACCUGCCAAGCAUUGCUGCUCAAUGGAUUCAGAAUCUUCCUUCUGAUCCUCACAAGAAGUUCACCAUGAAACAUGAUGGUCACACUUUCAACUUCCUAGUCGAAGAUGGAUAUGGACCAUAUGUUUACUGUGUUAUAUCCAGAGAAUCUGUUGGAACACAACAGAUCUUAUUCGAGUUCCUCGACCGUAUCAGACAAGAUUUCAAGAAAAGAUAUGGUCAUGGUGAAGGGGAUGCAGCCACUGAUAGAAGUCUUAGUAAGAAAUUCGGGCCUAUUAUGAAGCAGCAUAUGCAAUGGGUUGUUGAUCAUGCUGAAGAGAUUGACAAAAUUGCAAAAGUAAAAGCUCAAAUUUCUGAGGUCCAAGUUAUCAUAUCUGACAACGUAAACAAGGUUAUUGAGAGAGGAGAACAUAUAAGCUUUGUUGUAGACAAGGCUGAGGCGCUACACGACUCGAAGAAGAGCAGUAGAGAUAAGAAGGAAGAUGUGGUACCAGAAUGCAAAAACAAAAUUAAUUGUUCUGGGAAUACUAUUUUUGAUUCUGGAAUUAGGCUUCUGGCUACAUAUGACUUUUCUUUGUGGACUUUGCAAACUGCUGCUGUAUUUGUUGUUGCUGUUGUUGAAUUUCACCUGAUUUUGCUUCUUACAAAUCGGUUUUAA